CACCUGACUGAUCUGAACAAACAGGAUGCUGAGGAUGGUCUGGAGGGAGAUCAGCCCGAAGAGGAGCCGGUUCCAGAGACGAGGAUUGAGGUGGAGAUUCCUAAAGUCAGCACAGAUCUGGGCAGUGAGCUCUACUUCGUCAAAUUACCCAACUUUCUCAGUGUGGAGCCCAGGCCGUUUGACCCUCAGUACUACGAGGAUGAGUUUGAGGAUGAGGAGAUGUUGGAUGAGGAAGGACGGACCCGUUUAAAGUUGAAGGUGGAAAACACCAUCAGGUGGCGCACUCGGCGCGAUGAGGAAGGCAGUGAAAUCAAGGAGAGCAACGCUCGAAUCGUUAAAUGGUCAGAUGGCAGCAUGUCUCUGCACCUGGGGAAUGAAGUGUUUGACGUGUAUAAAGCUCCACUGCAGGGUGACCACAACCACCUGUUCAUCCGCCAGGGCACAGGACUGCAGGGGCAGGCUGUGUUCAAGACCAAACUCACCUUCAGACCUCACUCCACAGACAGCGCCACACACAGGAAGAUGACCCUCUCUCUCGCUGACCGCUGCUCAAAGACACAGAAGAUCCGAAUUCUGCCCAUGGCCGGCAGAGACCCAGAAUCCCAGAGAAAUGAGAUGAUAAAGAAAGAAGAGGAGCGGUUACGUGCAUCUAUCCGUCGUGAAUCUCAGCAGAGGCGCAUGAGAGAGAAACAGCAUCAGCGAGGUCUGAAUGCCGGGUACCUGGAGCCAGAUCGCUAUGAUGAGGAUGAGGAGGGUGAAGAAUCCAUCAGCCUGGCCGCCAUCAAGAGCAAAUAUAAGGGAGGAGGUCUGAGGGAGGAGCGAGCCAGGAUCUAUUCUUCAGACAGCGAUGAAGGUUCUGAUGAAGACAAGGCCCAGCGGUUGAUGAAGGCCAAGAGACUGGACAGUGAUGAGGAGGGAGAGAACUCCGGAAAGCGGAAGGCAGAGGAAGAUGAGGAAUCCGCUGCCAAGAAACCCAAAAAAUAUGUCAUCAGUGAUGAAGAAGAAGAGGAGGAAGACGAGUGAAUUUUUAAAAAAAAUAAUUUUGUGAUUGGUUAAUCACAAUAAACUAGGUGGUUAAUCCAGAAAAACAAGUCCGCAGUCAUUUGUUUGUAUAUUUUAUAAAGACUGAAGAUGUUCAUCAUUACAACGCACCAAUAAACAGCAAUAACCUUGA